AGAAUUUCUUUCAAACUCCUGACUCCACCAGAGGAGGAACACACAGAGAGUUCUAGAAUUAGAAGAGAUUUUUCUAGAAGUAGACUUAGCUAUAACGAGUGUGUAUUCGACUCAUAUUAAUACCAAAGAAAAGGUUCUGUAAGAUCUCACAUCAAACCUGACUCUCGAACUGAGAGUUGAUCAGAGCUGUUGAGUGCUGUGUGGAAUUACUUUACGAUGCACGAGACUUUAUGCCAAAUCUCACGGUUGUCCCAAAAUGUUCUUGUGGUAUGUCUCGCUCUAUGUCUUGUCCAAGCUCAAAGGAUACCUGACGAAGAUCGUCCUACGAGGACUAUCUACAUAGGAGCUGUGGAAAGUGAUUGGGACUAUGCUCCAGAAGGAAAUUUAUUAGGGCCAGGAGCUGAAGAGUAUCUAGAUCUUUAUUUAUCCAAGUCUUCAGAUCCAUUGAAGAUCGGAAAAGUUUAUAAAAAAGCACUUCUGUGGGAGUUCACGGAUGACACCUUCACCGUCCGAAAACCCAAAGAUCCUUGGAUGGGCUUGCUAGGCCCCAUUCUGCAAGGCGAAGUUGGAGACAUACUCAACAUAGUUUUCUACAAUAUGGCCUCACAUCCGUUAUCUAUACAUCCUCAUGGAGUUCGAUACCAGAAAAUUCAUGAAGGGGCAUUAUACGACGACAAUACGACAGACUCUCAGAAGAUAGAUGACCGAGUUCAGCCCGGAGCAAAGCACGAGUACAGGUGGUUGAUGAACGAACACGAUGCUCCCACAGAGAAUGAUCCGGAUUGCUUGACUUGGAUGUACCAUUCACACAGGCAUGGGGAAACAGAACUGCAUGCUGGACUCCUCGGUCCAUUACUUGUCUGCAAAAAAGGUACCCUCUCAAGCGGAAAUGUGGAUCGUCGCAUCGUCUUAGUAUUCAUGAAUUUCGACGAGAACAAGAGCAUUUAUCUCGAUGAAAAUAUCGAACGGCACGCUCCAUCGAUGCCAUUGGAGGAGAGAGAAGCCAUAAAGAAGGAUGCAGAAUUUAGGGCUUCCAAUCUGAUGCAUACUAUCAAUGGACUGGCGUUUGGCAAUCUCUUCGGUUUGGAAUUUUGUGUAAAUGAUCGAGUUGCUUGGCACUUGGUUGGAAUGGGUGACGUAGUGGAUGUGCACACUGCCGUUUUCGGAGGACACGUCGUUCGAUGGAAUGGACAUAAAACCGAUGCUAUAAGUCUUUUACCUGCAAAGUUCACAACAAGCUAUAUGGUUGCCAGAAGACAAGGAGUUUGGCCAAUUCGAUGCGAAGUUGGAUCUCAUGGACAUUCUGGCAUGGAGGCUUUCUUCCGUGUGAAUCAAUGCAACAAUACCAGGCCCAUCCAACAGGACACUUUGAAAGGCAAACUCAGAGAGGUGUACAUAGCGGCAGAGGAAGUGGAAUGGGAUUACGGACCUUAUGGGUUCAAUUUUCUAAGCGGGCUGAACCUUACCGACGACCCGCAGUCUGCCCCUUUCUUUGAAAGAGGUCCUCACCGAAUUGGAGGAGUGUAUCGUAAAGCCGUCUACAGGGAGUACACAGACGCCACAUUCACGGUGAAAAAAGAGCGAGGACCAGAUGAGGCUCAUUUGGCCAUCAUGGGGCCAACACUUAGAGGAGAAGUUGGAGACAUUAUUAAAAUAACAUUCAAGAACAUGGCGUCUCGGCCUUACUCUCUCGAUACGCAUGGAGCAUACUACCUGCAGUUUGAACCACUAAAAGCGAACGAGACAACAACAGUCUAUUGGACACUCUUGCCACAGUACGGACCUACUGAACUAGAUCCGGACUGCUUGCCGUGGAGAUACUAUUCGGAUCAAGACUUCAAGAGAGAUGCAUACUCUGGUCUUAAUGGCAUUCUGUUAGUGUGCAAGGAAGGAGCCUUGGAUGAAAAUGGAAAACAGAAAAAGUUUGAUCGGGAAUUCACUUUGCUCUUUUCUGCGCUGGAUGAAAAUGAAGCUCAUUACAUCGAUGAUAAUGUUUUGGCCUACACCAGUGAUCCUUAUGGUGUUGAUUUCUAUGAUAGAGAUUUCAGACUUGCAAACAGAAGAUAUGCCAUCAACGGACGUAUGUAUGGUAAUUUGGAAGGGCUGACAAUGUGUAAAGGUGAUCGUGUGGUUUGGAACAUUCUUGGCGUUGGAAGAUCCAUCGAUCUACACACAGCCUACUUCCACGGUAACAAUUUCUUGCAUCAAGGUGUCUACAGGGAUACAGUUACGGUGGUACCAAGUAUUUUGUACGCAGUCACAAUGACUGCAGAAAAUGAAGGAGACUGGAUUGUCGAAUGUCGAACAAACAGUCACUUGACUGGAGGAAUGAGAGCUCUGUACAGAGUUACCGACUGCCCAAAAAAUCGGCAGAAGAGACAAGUCUAUAACAGCCUGAACGAAAUAGCAAGUCGAGUCGAGUAUUAUGACGAAAGUCCGAAGCCAAAGGACAGAAUGAAUGAAAACAUCCGGAAACCUAUCCAAGAACCGAAGAAGAAAGCCUUUCCAGGACGCAAUGGGAAAGUCAGAGAAUACUUUGUGGCUGCUGUCGAAGAAGAAUGGGAAUAUGCGCCAAAAGAUCGCCAUUUGGUUCUGGGAGGAAGUCUUAUGGACAGCGAAGAAAGCAAGACUUUCGUAGAACGAGGCAACCAACGAAUCGGCACUCGCUACAAAAAAGCUCUCUUUCGAGAAUUCACAGACGCUUCUUUCACAACCAGAAAGUGCGAAACACCACAAUCUCGCCAUCUUGGCGUUUUGGGGCCAAUGAUCAAAGCCGAAGUUGGCGACUUACUGAGAGUAACUUUCAGAAACAUGGCAUCAAGACCUUAUUCCUUCCAUCCACAUGGAAUCUUGCAUCACCAAGAUAAAAACCACAAGCAUCCUGGAACUGAUGAGGAUCCUGUUUAUCCGGGCAACUUAAUGGUGUAUGAAUGGCUUGUACCAGAAAAUGCCGGACCCGGACCGAAUGGAUUCAACUGCACGCCUUGGGCAUACUAUUCAGCCGUAGACCCCGUGAAGGACACUAAUGCCGGACUUAUUGGACCUAUGAUAAUAUGUCGCCCUGGCAUUUUGACAGAGGAUGGAGCAAGAUCUGACGCGCAGCACGAGUUCGUCGUAUUAUACACCAUCCUGGAUGAAAAUGAAAGUUGGUAUAUUCAAGAAAAUGUGAUGAGGUAUACAUAUCAACCUUUCUCCGUUGAUUACCAGAACAGAGAUUUCAGGACCAGCAACAGAAUGCAUGCUGUCAAUGGUCGUAUUUAUGGUACCCUCGAAGGACUGGUCGCCAAAAACGGCACAAAGACGGCGUGGUAUCUCCUCGGCAUGGGAAGCGAAGAUGAUCUUCACACAGCCCAUUUUCAUGGACAGACCUUCCUUAUUCGAUCGGACACGGUCCGUCGGGGAGAUGUAGUCGAUCUCUUCCCCGGAUAUUUCGAAACUGUUGAGAUGAUGAACGACAAUCCGGGGACAUGGAUUCUUCAUUGCCACGUAGAUGACCACAUGAGGUAUGGAAUGGCGGUCACUUUUACAGUCACUCCGUGAAUAACAACAUCGAUAAGGUAAUGUUACCCUAAAGAUAGAGAUUUGUGAAAAAUGAGAAAGUGCAAUAAAUGUUGAAAUAUGGGAAAUAAAGGAUUUAUUUUGAUUGA